GAGAGCACUGGCUACAUCAGCACUGAGAAAUUCCGAAACCUCCUCCAAAGACACGGCUCUGAGCUGGACCCACACAAACUGGAGGUUCUCUUGGCCUUGGCAGACAAUAAUUCAGACGGGAAGAUCUGUUACCAGGACUUCGUCAACCUGGUAACAAAUAUGAGCAACAAAAGGUCCAAUAGCUUCCGCCAAGCCAUUCUGCAGGGGAACAGGAGGCUGUGCAGCAAGGCACUGCUGGAGGAGUCGGGACUAAGCCUGUCCCAGAGGCUAAUUCGACACGUUGCGUAUGAGACCCUGCCACGCGAGAUAGACCGGAAGUGGUACUACGACAGUUACACCUGCUGUCCUCCGCCCUGGUUCAUGAUUGCCAUCACCAUUGUAGAGGUUGCCUUUUUUCUUUACAACGGAGUGGUAUUAGACAGAUUUGUGCUGCAAGUCACCCAUCCUUUAUACCUGAAGAACUCAUUAGUGUAUCAUCCUCAGCUCCGUGCUCAGGCUUGGAGGUACCUAACCUACAUAUUCAUGCAUGCCGGGAUAGAACACCUUGGACUCAAUGUUGCUCUUCAGCUUCUGGUUGGGGUUCCCCUCGAAAUGGUGCAUGGAGCAGCAAGGAUUGGCUUUGUCUACAUUGCUGGAGUUGUAGCAGGUUCCCUGGCGGUAUCAGUAGCUGACAUGACUGCGCCAGUGGUGGGUUCCUCUGGAGGGGUUUAUGCGCUCAUUUCUGCUCAUCUGGCCAACAUAAUAAUGAACUGGUCUGGAAUGAAGUGCCAAUUCAAGCUGCUGCGCAUGGCUCUUGCGUUGCUCUGUAUGAGCUUUGAAUUUGGAAGGGCUGUGUGGCUGCGGUUCCAUCCAUCUGCUUACCCCCCAUGUCCACACCCAAGCUUCGUCGCCCACCUGGGUGGGGUAUUGGUUGGAAUCACAUUGGGCGUGGUCAUCCUAAGGAACUAUGAGCAGAGACUCCAAGACCAGUCCUUAUGGUGGAUCUUUAUUUUUAUUUAUGUCGUCUUUGUAUUGUUCGCCAUCUUUUGGAAUGUUUUUGCCUACAAUCUGUUGGAUCUGAAGCUACCUCCACCUCCUUGA